CUAACGCGUCAAGACCAUGCGGCCACUACAUUUAUAAAUAUCCAACCAAUCCCUAAUUCUUGCUCUUCGUUUGCCGGAGUCUUCUUCCUCCGAGGGGCAAAAAGCUCCAAUACACAGAUUUCUGAUAAAACCUCAGAAAAGUAACGUUAACCCCAAGAACAGUUGGGAAGCUACAGAAUCCACUGACAUCGCGGAAAAACAAAAAAACCUUUACUGAACCCUAAUUGUUGAGAUACUAAAGCGCUAGCACCAAUAUCAUCAAUUUCCACUCCAUGGAUCUGCGGUUCCCAUUUUCUCCGGCGGAGGUCGCCAAAGUCCGCGUUGUCCAAUUUGGCAUACUCAGUCCCGAUGAGAUCAGGCAAAUGUCGGUUGUGCACAUAGAGCACAGUGAGACCACGGAAAGGGGCAAGCCAAAAAUUGGGGGCUUGAGCGACCCACGUCUGGGGACAAUUGAUCGGAAGAUGAAGUGUGAGACGUGUAUGGCUAACAUGGCCGAGUGCCCGGGUCACUUUGGCCACCUGGAGCUUGCGAAGCCUAUGUUUCACAUAGGAUUCAUGAAGACGGUUCUUAGUAUUCUACGUAGUGUCUGCUUCAAUUGCUCAAAAAUUUUGGCUGAUGAGGAGGAUACAAAGUUCAAGCAAGCAUUGAGAAUAAGAAACCCCAAAAAUAGACUAAAAAAGAUAUUGGAUGCCUGCAAAAACAAAACCAAAUGUGAAGGAGGUGAUGAGAUUGAUGUGCAAGAUCAAGAGUCUGAACCUUUGAAGAAGAGGAGAGGUGGAUGUGGCGCUCAGCAGCCAAAAAUAUCUAUUGAUGGAAUGAAGAUGGUUGCUGAAUACAAGCUCCAGAAGAAGAAAAGUGAUGACCAGGAACAGAUGCCUGAACCUGUUGAACGAAAACAGAUUCUUUCUGCAGAGAAGGUUCUUAGCAUUCUGAAGAGAAUAACUGAUGAAGACUGUCAAUUGUUGGGUUUGAAUCCGAAAUUUGCUCGUCCUGACUGGAUGAUUCUUCAAGUUCUUCCAAUUCCUCCACCUCCUGUUAGACCUUCUGUUAUGAUGGAUACUUCUGCUAGGAGUGAGGAUGAUUUAACUCAUCAACUGGCGAUGAUUAUUAGGCACAAUGAGAACUUGAAGAGGCAAGAGAGGAAUGGGGCCCCUGCACACAUCAUCUCAGAGUUUGCACAAUUGCUGCAGUUUCAUGUAGCAACGUACUUUGACAAUGAAUUGCCAGGACAACCGAGGGCUACACAAAGAUCUGGCAGACCAAUCAAAUCAAUAUGUAGCAGACUCAAGGCAAAAGAAGGUCGGAUCAGAGGUAACUUGAUGGGCAAGAGAGUAGAUUUUUCAGCCCGGACUGUGAUCACGCCAGAUCCAACCAUCAAUAUUGAUCAACUCGGUGUACCUUGGAGUAUUGCCUUGAAUCUUACUUAUCCAGAGACUGUAACACCUUAUAACAUCGAAAGGCUGAAAGAGCUUGUGGAAAAUGGACCCCAUCCGCCUCCUGGGAAAACUGGUGCGAAAUAUAUAAUUAGGGAUGAUGGGCAGAGGCUUGAUCUCCGGUAUUUGAAGAAAAGCAGUGAUCAGCAUCUAGAACUUGGUUAUAAGGUGGAGCGGCACUUGAAUGAUGGAGAUUUCGUCCUGUUCAAUCGGCAACCGAGUCUCCAUAAAAUGUCUAUUAUGGGGCAUAGGAUCAAGAUUAUGCCUUACUCAACCUUCCGCUUAAAUUUGUCUGUUACCUCACCAUACAAUGCUGAUUUUGAUGGGGAUGAAAUGAAUAUGCACGUGCCCCAGUCAUUUGAAACUAGAGCUGAAGUGCUGGAACUGAUGAUGGUUCCAAAGUGCAUCGUCUCACCACAGUCAAAUCGGCCUGUAAUGGGAAUAGUGCAGGAUACACUUUUAGGAUGUCGCAAAAUUACCAAGAGAGACACCUUUAUUGAAAAGGAUGUGUUCAUGAACAUUCUGAUGUGGUGGGAGGAUUUUGAUGGAAAAGUGCCUGCCCCAGCAAUAUUGAAACCUAGGCCUCUUUGGACUGGGAAACAAGUAUUCAAUCUUAUCAUACCAAAACAGAUAAAUCUGUUGAGGUACUCAGCGUGGCAUCAAGAAAGUGAGAAAGGUUUUAUCACUCCUGGAGAUACUCAAGUACGAAUAGAGAAGGGAGAGUUACUUUCUGGCACUCUUUGCAAGAAGACACUUGGAACAUCAAGUGGAAGUCUCAUACAUGUUAUUUGGGAGGAGGUUGGUCCAGAUGCCGCUCGCAAGUUUUUGGGACAUACACAGUGGCUUGUGAAUUAUUGGCUUUUGCAGAAUGCAUUUAGCAUGGGAAUUGGUGACACCAUUGCUGAUGCUGCAACAAUGGAGAAGAUCAACGAAACAAUUUCAAAUGCAAAGAAUGAGGUGAAAGAACUAAUCAGGGCUGCUCAAGAAAAGCAGUUGGAGGCUGAACCUGGUCGAACUAUGAUGGAAUCUUUUGAAAACAGAGUGAACCAGGUUUUGAACAAGGCUCGUGAUGAUGCUGGAAGUAGUGCACAGAAGAGCUUGUCAGAAAGUAACAACCUCAAGGCUAUGGUCACUGCUGGAUCCAAGGGAAGUUUCAUCAAUAUUUCUCAGAUGACUGCAUGUGUGGGCCAGCAGAAUGUAGAAGGCAAACGAAUUCCUUUCGGAUUUGUCGAUCGAACAUUACCACACUUCACAAAAGAUGAUUUUGGUCCAGAGAGUCGUGGAUUUGUGGAGAACUCAUAUCUUCGGGGGCUGACUCCUCAGGAGUUUUUCUUCCAUGCCAUGGGUGGUAGGGAAGGUCUUAUAGAUACUGCUGUGAAAACUUCUGAGACUGGUUACAUCCAGAGGCGGUUGGUGAAGGCUAUGGAGGAUAUCAUGGUUAAGUAUGAUGGGACCGUUAGAAAUUCCUUAGGCGAUGUGAUUCAGUUUCUCUAUGGGGAAGAUGGUAUGGAUGCUGUUUGGAUCGAAUCACAACCCCUCGAAUCACUGAAGCUGAAGAGGUCGGACUUCAAUGACAUGUACAAGUAUGAGAUUGAUAAUCCGAAUUGGAAUCCAAACUAUAUGCUGCCUGAGGCUGUGGAAGAUUUAAAAACUAUUCGCGAAAUCAGAAGUGUGUUCGAUGCAGAGGUUCAGAAGCUCGAAGCUGACAGGUUUCAGCUCGGGACAGAGAUUGCGACCACGGGUGACAAUUCUUGGCCUCUGCCAGUUAAUAUUAAGAGACUCGUCUUGAACGCACAAAAGACCUUCAGAGUCGAUUUCAGAAGACCUUCUGAUAUGCACCCAAUGGAGAUUGUGGAAGCUGUUGACAAGUUACAAGAGAGGCUCAAGGUGGUUGUUGGCGAUGAUUAUCUGAGUAUGGAAGCCCAAAAGAAUGCAACUCUUUUCUUCAACAUACUGCUCCGAAGUGCCUUGGCAAGCAAAAGAGUCUUGAAAGAGUACAGACUUACGCGUGAGGCUUUUGAGUGGGUUAUUGGCGAGAUUGAAUCUCGUUUUUUGCAGUCUCUUGUUGCAGCUGGGGAAAUGAUUGGAUGUGUUGCCGCACAAUCCAUUGGUGAGCCCGCCACGCAGAUGACUCUCAACACCUUCCACUAUGCUGGUGUGAGUGCCAAGAACGUCACUCUAGGUGUACCCAGGUUGAGGGAGAUCAUCAACGUCGCUAAGAAAAUCAAAACACCCUCUCUCUCUGUGUACCUCAAUCCCGACGUAAGCAAAACCAAGGAGAGGGCCAAAAAUGUCCAGUGCGCACUGGAAUACACUACCCUACGUAGCGUCACCCAAGCCACGGAGGUUUGGUAUGACCCGGACCCUAUGAGCACCCUAAUCGAAGAAGAUGUCGAGUUUGUGAAGUCGUACUACGAGAUGCCGGAUGAAGAGAUCGACCCCGACAAGAUAUCCCCUUGGCUGCUCCGCAUAGAGCUGAACCGUGAGAUGAUGGUCGACAAGAAGCUCAGCAUGGCAGACAUUGCCGAGAAGAUCAACCUCGAGUUUGACGACGACCUCACGUGCAUAUUCAACGACGACAAUGCCGAGAAGCUGAUCCUCCGCAUUCGCAUCAUGAACGACGAGGCCCCAAAGGGCGAGCUGAACGAUGAGUCGGCCGAGGACGACGUGUUCCUGAAAAAGAUCGAGAGCAACAUGCUCACCGAGAUGGCCCUCCGGGGAAUUCCGGACAUCAACAAGGUCUUCAUAAAGAACGGGAAGAUUAACAAAUUCGACGAGAACGACGGGUUCAAAGCCGAGAACGAGUGGAUGCUUGAUACAGAGGGCGUCAAUCUCUUGGCCGUCAUUUGCCACGAGGACGUUGAUGCCAGGCGGACGACGAGCAACCACCUGAUCGAGGUCAUCGAGGUCCUCGGCAUCGAGGCCGUCCGUAAAGCCCUGCUUGACGAGCUCCGUGUCGUCAUAUCCUUCGACGGGUCCUACGUGAACUACCGCCACCUGGCGAUACUUUGUGACACUAUGACGUACCGCGGCCACCUGAUGGCAAUCACCCGUCACGGAAUCAACCGGAACGACACUGGCCCAAUGAUGAGGUGCUCGUUCGAGGAGACUGUUGACAUUCUGCUGGAUGCUGCUGUCUUUGCUGAGACGGACUGCCUCAGGGGGGUGACGGAGAAUAUCAUGCUGGGACAGCUGGCGCCUAUUGGCACGGGGGACUGUGCGCUGUACCUGAACGAGGAGAUGCUGAAGCAGGCAAUCGAGAUUCCUUUGCCGAGCUACAUGGAGGGCGGGCUGGAGUUUGGCAUGACACCAGCACGUUCGCCUAUCACGGGAACCCCAUAUCACGACGGGAUGAUGUCACCGAGCUAUCUGCUGAGCCCAAAUCUCCGGCUGUCGCCAGUUUCGGAUGCUCAGUUUUCUCCAUAUGUUGGUGGAAUGGCGUUUUCUCCUACGUCAUCUCCCGGCUACAGCCCGUCAUCACCCGGCUACAGCCCGUCGUCCCCAGGUUACAGCCCGACUUCCCCUGGCUACAGUCCAACUUCGCCUGGCUACAGCCCGACUUCCCCAACCUAUAGUCCAAGCUCUCCUGGGUACAGCCCGACAAGCCCGGCUUAUUCUCCUACCAGCCCUUCUUAUUCACCUACGUCUCCUACCUACAGCCCGACAUCUCCCAGCUAUAGCCCGACUUCCCCGAGCUACAGCCCGACUUCUCCGGCUUACAGCCCGACAUCACCAGCAUACAGCCCUACUUCCCCUGCUUACAGCCCGACUUCCCCCUCUUACAGCCCUACUUCUCCUUCAUACAGCCCAACUUCUCCAUCAUACAGUCCUACUUCACCUUCAUACAGCCCAACAUCUCCAUCGUACAGCCCAACUUCGCCAUCAUAUAGCCCCACCUCACCUGCCUAUAGCCCGACCUCACCUGGGUACAGUCCUACAUCGCCGAGUUACAGCCCAACCUCACCUAGUUACAGCCCCACCUCGCCUACUUAUAGCCCUGCAUCUGCAAGUUACAACCCGUCAGUAAGAUACAGCCCGUCUCUGGCUUAUUCACCUACAUCUCCAAAGAUUUCGCCUUCAAGUCCGUAUAGUCCUUCAUCACCAAGUUACAGCCCGACAUCACCUUCGUAUUCUCCAACAUCUCCUUCAUAUUCUCCGUCUAGUCCAAGUUAUAGCCCUAGCAGCCCUUAUAGUGCUAGUGGGAACCCAGACUAUAGCCCUAGCUCUCCACAGUACAGUCCUAGUGCUGGAUACUCUCCUAGUGCUCCUGGCUACUCUCCGUCUUCAACCAGCCAAUUCUCGCCCCAAACGAACGAUGAUAAGAGUGUCAAGAACGACAAGCGCAGCCGAUAAAUGUUGCGUAGAAUCUUUCAAGUGGUUGUCGGGGCAAAUCAAGUAUAGUUCUUGAGCCUUUUUAGAGGCUUGAUUGUUGGAGAUGUAAAAUUGAAGAAUACGAAAUUUGUGUAUUUCGUGUAGUACUGGACUGGAGACAUGGGGAUUUGUCCAUUGUGAUGCUAUGCCCUAUCUAUCUUUCCUUCAGUUGGACAUUUGCCUUGUAUGAAAUCUUUGUUGAGGAUUUUAUUUAAGGCUGUGAGAAGAAAAUAUAGUGUAAGUGUGGUUUUCCCGCGUAGUGUACCACUUCUUGCGAACGAUAGGUAGCGUAAUGUUCUCUGAACUUCCGGUCAGGGUUCGAUUCCUUUCGGCCAUAAAUGCAUGCCGAAACUGGAUGUUUGUACCCUGCGUGAGUAUUUAUGUGGUACUUGUGUUGAACAAUUGAUGUGAAAUUUAAAGUUGGUAAGAGUAUUUGAUUGCAUUUCGUGAUUUCUGUUGGCGAAUAGU